AUGGAACGCGUUCGUGGCCAAUCGCGGCGAGAUUCAACGCCUGACCGAGAGAUCGAGCCGAUCGAGCGACACGUGCCGUCUGCUCACAAUCCCGCGGAUAUCUUAUCGCGCGGCGUCGAUUUGGUGAACUUAAUAGAAUCGGCGAUUUGGUGGAACGGACCUACAUUCCUGCGAUUAACUGAGGAACAUUGGCCGGCCAAAUUGCAUGUCGAAUUGUCGGGCGAAUUGCCGGAACAAAACAGAGUAACCGCGGCGUUAGUGUCAUUGGAACAAUCGAUCGUACAAAAUUUAUUGGACAAGCAUUCCGAUUUAAACAAGGCAUUGCGAAUCAUCGCUUACUGCCUGCGAGUGGCACAUUCGCGGGGAACCCGGCAUCAGACGAUGUUUAUUUCGCAUCAUGAGAUAGCAGUCGCUCUGCGUGUCGCCGUAAGAUACGUGCAGAAGCACGCCUUCCCAAGGGAAUACAAACAGUUGAUCGAGGGUCGGAGCGUCGACGGCGGAAGUCGAGUUUUACCGUUAGCUCCGUUUAUGAAUGAGCACGAAAUCAUUAGAGUGGGGGGCCGAAUACGCAAUGCAGCGUUGCCAUACGACGCGCGACACCCUGUGCUAUUGCCGAAGAGUCACCGAUUGACGAUUCUGAUCAUACAGCGAGAACAUGUAAGAAAUCUGCACUCGGGUCUGCAGGCCACGAUGCACGCGUGUAGGCCGGCUGCAUCACAGACACUGAUGGCGGAUUUACCCGUACAGCGUGUUACGGCCUCGAGACCGUUCACUCAUUGCGGGGUAGAUUAUGCCGGACCGAUGUUACUAAAGGAGGGCAGGAGACGCAAUGCCAGAUUGCACAAGGCAUAUAUUUCAGUGUUCGUUUGUUUUUCGACCAAGGCCGUACACCUUGAAAUUGUAACGGAUUUGACAUCAGAGGCCUUUAUCGGAGCCUUUAAGCGCUUCAUGUCGCGCAGAGGUAGACCGUCGUGCAUGUAUUCUGACAAUGGCACAACAUUUGUCGGCGCGCGUAAACAGAUAAAGGAGCUCUAUAACUGUGUUAACGAUCGCGAUACGCGGCUUGCGAUGCAGCGUUUCAUGCGAGAUAACGAGAUUGAAUGGCGUUUCAUACCACCUCACGCUCCGCAUGUCGGUGGGUUGUGGGAGGCGGCCGUGAAGUCGGCGAAAUCUCAUAUUAAUCGUGUAUUAGGUAACGCGAAUCUCACAUAUGAGGAGAUGCAAACCGUGUUAUGCGAAGUAGAAGCGGUUUUAAAUUCGCGACCGUUGACCCCAUUAAACGAGGAUCCAAACGAUCUGCAUUGCAUCACACCGGAGCAUUUUUUGAUUGGUGCAGCGUUAAACAACUUUCCAGUUGCAGAUCUCACAGAGGAGAAUCCGGGCCGACUGCUGCGAUGGCAGCGUGUGGAGCAGCUUCGGGUACAACAACUUCAUCCGGGCCCUGACGGUGUUGUAAGGACCGCUACACUAAGGACCGCCAAGGACCAAAUAACAAGGCCGCUGACGAAACUGGCCAUCGUCCCGAUGAAGGAGGCAUCUGCCGAUUAA